CAGCCAUUAGGCCCAGGCCGAGCCAGCAGGGAGACAGCCGGCCAUGGGCACCUGCUCAGGAGAUCCUCACCUGUGCAGGGCCUCCUGGCUCCUGGGAUUCACAAGCCUCCUCCUCAGAACACCCGAGAGUGACGUGUGUGCCGCCGUGUGUGAGGCAGAAUACGCUCCCGCCUGCUGUGUGUCCAUCAGCAUGAGAUAGACGUGCCCUGUGAGUGACACCCAUGCCCCGUGUAAAACAGGAGCCCCGUGGACACGCUCAGCUCUCGUCCCCGUGCUUCCCAUGCGGGACCUCGAGGCUUAGACAGUUCAGGAAAUCGCCCACGGCCGCUCAGCCAGAAAAGGGCGGAUCUGGAACAUGAACCCAGGCGUCUGCAGCGCUGUGACCCAGAGUGCUGGAGCCCAUGGUUCUGGAGUUGAGGAUUCUGGAAUCCCUGUUUCUCUGAAGGGGACUCAAGGAGGUUCUGUGUGGUUUCAUGUGAUCAGAAAUCCAGAAUUACCUCCAGAGGUCGAGCUGGAGAAGAUUUCUUGGGGCAAUGUAUCCAGGGCCAACUACAUAGUCAUGCUGCACGUGUUUCCUGGGAGAGAUGUUCCAGAAUGGGUCAACUUCCAGGACAAGUUUGAGAAGAGGGUCCAUGUGCUCAACAUAACGACCCUGAGGAUUGACAACCUGACCCUUGAGGACAGUGGGCGGUACCGGGCUCGAGAGUCCUACAGGCGAGGAAGACAAUAUGACCAGGAUUUCCGCCUGAGGGUCUACAAGCCCAUGCCCCUUCCCCAGAUCCGGGGCACCGUUCUGUCCCUCACACCAGCCUGGUGCAACGUCACUGUGGAGUGUGACGCCAACGGAACCAGGGAGGACCUGACCGUGACCUGGGAGAGCGAGGGUCUCUCCAGGGAGCUGGAGCAGAGACCCGCCCCAGGACCAGCCCCCAAUCCCUGGACCAUGGCUGUGAACCUGCCCCCGAGCCAGCCCAGCACCAGCCUCACCUGUGUGGUCAGCAACCAGGUGGACCAGAAAACUGCCACCCGGGACCUUGGGGACGUCUGUGGCCACGAAACAGAUCCACCAGGACAGACUGGUGCUGCCCUCCUAGGAGGCAUCCUGGGGGCUGUCGUGGUCGUGCUGCUGAUCCUCGGAGCUGGACUGGUCCUUUGGAAGAGACUUGGGAAGAAGAGGAAGUUGGAGCCUAGGAGAGGUGCAGGAUCGCAGAAGGAGCAUGGGGACCCAGAUGGCGGCAUCCACUAUGCAGAGCUGAGCCAGCAGGAAGCUGGAGACAACAGGGACAAGGGUAAGGGUGCACCUCACCUAGAAGAGGAGAAGCUUCUUACUGCUGUCUACGGUGAGGUCCACAGGCCAGGCCAGGCCUUGAGCAUCAUUUAACGGGAAGAAGCAGGAGAAUCCCGCCCUCCGGGGACACCUGCUUGUGAGCCUGAUGCCCACAGCUCAGGUCCUGCCUCCUCCCCCUCUCACUGCUCUGAGCAGGGACUGCGUGGAUCCAACCAUCAGUUAUUUCUAUGCUAAAUCGUUCUGCACAAGUUCCCCAUGAGACCCCACGCCCUGCCUCAGCCAGUCUUGGACACCACCCAGCGUCAGUCACGUGCCGAGAGCUGUUCACAGACAAUGUGAAUCCGUAACCGUCAGCGCGGGCUGAGUGCGGGCUCGGUGACACGCACUCCCUGACCAUCCUGCUCGCUCCUAAGUCACCCGGUCCUCGUGGGCUCUCUGUGACGUGGGGACCGUUGUGCCCACUUUACAGAUCAGUAGAAGGAGCCAGAAAGGCUGACUCUCCAGGCCGCACAGCCGGGAGCCCCGGAGCCACGACUCAGCCCAGGGAACGUGCUCCAGGGCCCGUCUCUCCGGCCCUCGGCUGUCCCGUGUCCUGGCAAACCUCCUUCAGUCCCGUCCCGUCGGCCGAUGGCCCAGCCUCCUCUUGCUCAGGAAAAAGCAGAAGUUCUAGUUCCUGACCGUUAGCGUUAACUGCCUGCAGGGGUGACACCUGUGUCCCUCUCUCUCCUGUCCCCACGGAGGACGCUGAGCUCCUCGGGGCUCAGUGAGGACUUUCCCUGCACUUCAAGGCCCUCCUCUGGGGACCUGCCCUCUCCUGCAUUCCUCUCUCUGGCUCGUCCCCCUGACCCUGCUGCCUCCUUCCCUGCAGCCCUCACCCGGUCUCCAUGCUGCCCCUGCUCCGCACCUGAGCCCCCACCUUGACCUCACCUUAUGGGGACCCCUAGAGAGCUAGGAGGUGACCCCCAUGUGACGCCACUGAUGCCCCUUUCCUGCUCCAAUGCCCUCUGCCCUCGGGUCCCUGACGGCCACUCUCCUGGACCCCCCGGCCCACCUGCCACCCUCCCAGACUCCCCAGCCGUCCCUCCAGGGCCGCUCUGCGUUCACAGGGUGGCCCUUCCGAUGGUCUGGGCAGGACCCUUCCCAUCUCCCGUGUCCUUCUCUCUCUGGGGCCCCUGCUCCAGGGGUUCGGUGACCAGCCACACGGCUGAUGCCCAGGCCUGCCUCCCCGCCCCACGCGCUCUGCUCAGCCCCACCCCUGCCCUCCAGCCCCACCAGCCACAUCCCUGCCCCUGUGCCCUCCUCCGCACUCUCCUCCUGCGGUCACAGACCCCACUUCCCUUUCUGUAAUACCGGGACCUGGUGAGAAAGAGCAGGAGCUCCUCUCCCACAGGAAGGAAAGCAGAAGCAACUGUUACCCAUGUAAUCAGGUGAUUAAUCAAUGUGCACAUUUUGUUCAUUGGAGACGUGGGAGCAGCUCACUUGAGCUUAGAAAUAUUCUAAGGUUACCUCUCUAUUUGGGACAAGUUUACUCCUUCCUUUAUCUACAACCAUUCCCCCAGGUGACAAAGUAGCCUGUGGUGUUCCGGAAUUAGUAAUUCAAGCAAGACAAAUUGGGUCUCAAUUGUCCCUUCCUCCCCAGCUCCAGUGGAAACAGGUCGAUCCCCUGAGACCAGAGGAAAGCAAAGAAACUUCUAAAACCUCAGCGUCUGCACGGGCACACACACACACACACACACACACACACACACACACACACACACACACAUACACACACACACCAGCCUCCAGUCAGGCAGCUCUGUGUGAGGCAGAACUAGGUUGUCCCACAAACAUGCAGAUCACAAUAUGAAGGAGGAGUCUAAGUGUCUGAGAACAUUGUCAGCAUCUGGAUAGCUGGCAGAGCAGGGCCGUGUCUCUGAACCUUGCAGUCCAUUUCUGAGCUCAGCUCCUUUCCCUCCAGGGCCCCUACAGUUCACCCUUGCUGGUGGGUGGGGAGCAGGGAAAAACCAUUGCCCGGGCACUGGGAUGCGGUAACUCCAGCAGGUGGUGGGUGAUGUUGUCAUUAGCCACACUGCACACGGUCGGUGACAGAUGUUUGACAUGAUUCCUAUUCUCAUCUAGACCAGACAGUGGGGGGUGAGGACUGGAGGUGAGAACAUGCGGCCGCGAUACCCCCCCACAGAGCCUCACAGGGCUCCCUGACUCCCGCGCCCUGCCCCACCCCCUCCCGCUUCUGUGGAGCCGGACUAGAUGCCUCCCCGUGUCUGCAGACCACUCAAGAGCCUCAGCGAGCUCCCCACCACCCGGAGCACAGACUUCUAAGUCUGUGUUCAAGUCCUGACGAGUGUAAUGACAGGCUCCUUCCCUCCCUAUUGGCCUUAUAUCCUGCAGUCUUGGCGAACUCACUAGUCCUAGGAAUUUUGUGUAGAUUCCUUGAGAUUUUCUGUGCAGACAAACAUAUAAACAAUGUCUAUAAUAAACACAGACAAUCUCUUUCUCCUUUUCAAUCUAUAUAUUAAUUAUUUCCUUUUCUUGUCUUAUUGCACUGAUCAGACUUCCAGGAGAAUGAGGAAUAGCAGUGCUAAGAACAAACAGACUUGCCUCCUUCCCAAUAUUAAGGGAAAAGUUAGUUUUUCACCACUAAGUAUGAUAUUAACUGUAGGGAUUUUUUUUAAUACGCUUUAUUAGAUUUAUCAGUUUCAUUAUCUCUGCUCUUCUCUUUCCUAUAGCCUUUUUCCACUUGCUCUGGGUUUAUUUUGCUCUUACUUUUCUAGACUCAUGAGGUAAAUGCUUAAAUUAUUAAUUUGAGCAUUUCUUCUUUUAUAAUAUCUGCCUCUCCUUAUAUAUAUUACCAUAUAAGUCCUGGGUUUGCUUCUUUUCACACAUUUUGAUAUCUUGUAUUUUUCAUUACCAUUCACUUCAAAUAUUUAAAAAUUUCCCUCAAGACUUCCUCUUUAACUCAUGGGUUAUUAAGGAGCAGAUGUUUAAUUUCUGCAUGUUUGCAAAUUUUCCUAUUAUUUUUCUGUUUAUAAAUUCUACUCCAGGGGCAUCUGGGUGGCUCAGUGGGUUCAACACCGGCCUUCGGCUCAGGUCGUGAUCCCAGGGUCCUGGGAUCGAGCUUUGGGUCAGGCUCCCUGCUCAGCAGUUCUCUGCUUCCCCCUCCCCAAUGCUCAUGCUCUCUCUCUCUCUAAUAAAUACAUAAAAUCUUUUAAAAAAUGCUACUGUAAUUCUAUUAUGGUCAGAGAAAUACAUUAUUUUAAAUCUUUGACAUUGUCAAGCUUUGUGUUAUGACCCAGGACAGGAUGUUAUCUUGGGGAGGGUCCUAUGUGCACUUGAAAGGAAUGUGUAGUCUGCUGUUGGGUUUGAAUGUUCUCUAAAUGUCAACGAGGUGGAGUGGGUUCGUGGUGGUGUUCAUUGUCUGUAUUCUUGCCGAUUUUCCAUCCCCUAGCUCCGCUACGGGGAGAGAAUGCUCUGCUCUCUGACUGGGACACUGGAUUCAUGUGCUUCUCCUUUCGAUCCUGUCAGUUUCUGCUUCAUGUGUUCGGUGCUCUGCUCUUAGGUGCACACAAACCUAAGAUUCUUCUCAUUUCCUGCUGAGUUGACCUUUUGUUAUUCUGUACUAUUUUUCAUCCCUGGAAAUCCUCCCUGCUCUGAAGGCUACUUUCUCUGAUGUUAA